CAUACAGUCUCUCGACGAAAUGGCUGCCAAAGUCAUACCCGAGUCGAUAAAAUUUAAUAGAAUUUUAAAUAUCGAAGAUCCUCUGAAUGAACACGAACUGAUUGACAGAAUCCGAGCAAUAGCCAACAAAAAUGAAGUUUGGAGAUCAUACAUUGGCAUGGGGUAUUAUAACUGCUUAGUUCCUCAUCCAAUACAACGUAAUAUUUUUGAAAAUCCAGGAUGGACAACUCAGUACACUCCCUAUCAGCCUGAAAUAAGUCAGGGUCGCCUAGAGUCUUUGUUAAAUUUCCAAACAUUGAUUACAGAUUUAACUGGGUUGGAAAUAGCAAACGCUUCACUUCUGGAUGAAGGAACCGCGGCCGCUGAAGCAAUGAGUCUUUGUCAUCGCUACAACAAACGAAAAAAAAUAUUCAUCUCUCGUAAAUUGCAUCCACAAACUGUGUCAGUAGUCAAAACGCGUCUAGAAGCUUUCGGCGUAGAAACAUUAGUUGGCUCAGUCAAAGAAAUAGAUUUUGCUGAUCAUGAAAUAUCUGGUAUUUUACUCCAAUAUCCUGAUACAUUCGGAGAUGUACAAGAUUUUGAACAAGUAUCUGCUGAUUGUAAAAAAAAUGGUACCUUAGUUGUUGUGGCCACAGACUUACUUGCUCUAACCCUACUAAGACCACCAGCGGAGUUUGGAGCAGAUAUUGCUGUAGGAUCUGCACAACGAUUUGGUGUGCCUCUGGGUUAUGGCGGACCACAUGCUGCUUUUUUUGCUUGCAGACAAAAACUAACCAGACUAAUUCCUGGUAGAAUGAUUGGAGUCACUAGAGAUAUGGAUGGACAGGACGCAUACCGUCUCGCACUUCAAACUAGAGAGCAACAUAUUCGAAGGGAUAAAGCAACUAGUAACAUAUGUACUGCACAAGCACUUUUGGCAAAUAUGUCAGCCAUGUAUGCAAUUUACCAUGGUCCAGAAGGUCUAAAAGGCAUAUCCAACAGAGUCCAUAAUUGUGCUCUAACUGUCAAUGCUGGACUUAAAAAAGCAGGUCAUGAGCAAUUGAACAAAAACUUUUUCGAUACACUACAUAUUGUUGCACAUGGCAUGAGUACAACAGAAGUGAAAGCUAGAGCCGAAGCAAAGAAAAUCAAUCUGCGAUAUUUCAGCGAUAAUUCUAUAGGUAUAUCUUUAGACGAAACAGUUAAAACUUCCGAUAUUUCCGAUCUGUUAUGGAUAUUCAAUUGCUCAGACAUUGACUCGACAUUAGCUGAUCCUACUGUAAUGAAUAUGUCAAUUCAUAAGACUCAGUUCAAAAGAACAUCGCCGUUUCUGACGCACCCAAUUUUUAAUAAGCACCACAGUGAAUCACGCAUGGUUCGCUAUAUGAAACAAUUAGAGAAUAAAGAUAUUUCGUUGGUACAUUCAAUGAUUCCAUUAGGAUCUUGUACGAUGAAGCUAAACUCCACCACAGAAAUGAUUCCAUGCUCAUUUAGACACUUUACAGCAAUUCAUCCAUUUGUCCCGGUGGAACAAGCCAAAGGUUACAAACAAAUGUUAACUGAAUUAGAAAAAGAUUUAUGCGAAAUAACAGGCUACGACAAGUUUUCUUUUCAGCCUAAUAGUGGAGCUCAAGGUGAAUAUGCAGGUCUCAGAGCAAUCCGAAGCUACCACGAAUCUCGAGGUGAAAAUAGACGGAAUAUUUGCUUGAUUCCCAUAAGUGCUCACGGUACGAAUCCUGCAUCCGCACAAAUGGCUGGCAUGAAAGUUCAAGCGAUCAGAGUAAAUCACAACAACGGAACCAUCGAUAUAGCUCAUUUAAAGGAGAAAGUCCAGCAACACUCGGAUAAUUUAUCCUGUGUUAUGAUAACAUAUCCCUCAACUAAUGGAAUUUUUGAGGACAAUGUUGUUGACGUGUGUGAACUAGUUCAUAAAUAUGGUGGACAAGUAUACCUGGAUGGUGCAAAUAUGAAUGCACAAGUCGGACUUUGUCGGCCAGGAGAUUUUGGUAGUGAUGUUUCACAUUUAAAUCUCCACAAGACCUUUUGUAUCCCCCAUGGCGGAGGUGGUCCUGGAAUGGGUCCGAUAGGAGUCAAAUCACAUUUGGCACCGUUUUUACCUACCCAUCCUGUUGUAGAUCCAUUAUCGGGAAGUGAAAACACAAGUUUCGGAGUUGUGAGUGCAGCACCGUACGGAAGCUCAUCUAUACUGCCAAUAUCUUGGGCAUAUAUCAAGUUAAUGGGUGGUCGCGGAUUAAGACGUGCCACACAAGUGGCUAUCUUAAAUGCAAACUAUAUGUCCAAAAGAUUAGAAAAUCAUUUCAAAACAUUAUAUACGGAUCCAAAUACUAGCCUUGUAGCGCAUGAGUUUAUCAUUGAUGUUCGAGACUUUAAAAAAACAGCUAAUAUUGAAGCAGUUGACAUCGCAAAACGAUUAAUGGACUACGGAUUUCAUGCUCCAACUAUGUCAUGGCCUGUAACUGGAACGCUUAUGGUAGAGCCAACGGAAUCCGAAGACAAAGAAGAACUUGAUCGUUUUUGCGAAGCCAUGAUUUCAAUUCGAAAAGAAAUUCAGGAUAUCGAAGAAGGACGCUUGGACAUACGAGUCAACCCAUUGAAAAUGGCACCGCAUACACAGAAACAAACUGUAUCUUCUGAAUGGAAUCGACCAUACCCAAAGGAACUUGGUGCUUUCCCAGCGCCAUUCGUUAAACCGGAAACAAAAGUUUGGCCAACCGUUGGAAGAAUUGACGACUUAUACGGGGAUAAACACCUUGUUUGUACCUGUCCACCCAUGGUUCCGGAUUAUGAAUAACUAUUUCGUAUUAUGAAAAACCAAAAAUAAAUAACAUAUUGUACAAAA